CCCAGCCCGCUGAAGGAGCGUCUGUUGAGCUGGUGAGGCAGGGCAGCUCAUCCACCUGUGCCGCGGAUGCUGCAGCCGGAGCGGACCUGGCGUUACAUGGCGUAGUUUCGACAUCGCUUACUUCUUGUCUCUCCUGAGGAUUUGUAUUAUUAUCAUUUCUUUUUUUUUUUAACCUUUUGUCUUUCCUCCUCCGGCGUAUGAUAGAGGCAUCUAAAGUUGUGAUGAUGCCUCCGCUCGGCGUUUGGGAUUUGUAACAGCCUCAUGUGCAAGGGUGAUAUCCUGUCAGCCUGUGAUUUAACGACACGGUCCUUUGGACGCCGAUAAAAACAUGGACUAAACCUUCGCUUCAACACAGUCAAUAUGGGAUUGAUACAGCUAUUUCUGGUUCUUUGCUUAUUUUGCACCUCCUCAGUUGUAGGUUUUGGGGUUGACCCUGCCCUGCGCAUCAGCGUCUUUGAUGAACUAACACUUGGAGACGGAGGCUUUGAUGGAGUUACUCAAGUCCAGGGCUUCCACAGCGAGUCUAGAGCGUUCCAUUUUCAAGGAACCUCCAGGGAGGUAAAAGCUCCUGCUGCGGUUUCUAAACGGAUGGUCCAGAAGCUUAAAGGCAAGAAUGAGUUCACUGUGCUGGCGACCCUCAAGCAGGAUCAUCUCAACUCAGGAGUCGUUCUCUCCAUCCAUCAUUCUGAGCACAGGUUUCUGGAGCUGGAGAGCAGUGGCCAGCGCAGCGAGGUGCGUCUUCAUUACCGCACCAAAAGCCACCAGGACCACACCGAGGUGUUCCCCUACAGCCUGGCCGACGACCAGUGGCACAAAGUGUCCGUGGCCGUCAGCGCCUCCCACGUCAUUUUACACGUCGACUGCAACAGGAUCUAUGAACGGGUGGUGGAGGCGCCCUUUAUGGACAUUCCUGAGGAUACUUCCUUCUGGCUCGGACAGAGAAACUCUGCUCACGGCUUCUUCAAGGGAGUGAUGCAGGACGUAGAGAUCCUGGUGAUGCCGCAGGGAUACAUCUCACAGUGUCCAGAUCUGAACAGAACAUGUCCAACCUGCAAUGACUUCCAUGGACUUGUGCAGAAAAUCAUGGAGCUGCAGGACAUCCUGGCGAAAACAUCCAGCAAGCUGUCCAGGGCCGAGGAGAAGAUGAACGGGCUGGACGGCUGCUAUUGUGAGAGAACCUGCAGCGUCAAGGGGGUCGUCUACAGGGAGGACGAGGGCUGGACAGAUGGCUGCAGGAACUGCACGUGCACGAACGGCACGGUACAAUGCGAGGCCAUCUCCUGCCCUCCCCCUCAGUGCCCGGCAGGCACGACUCCUGUCUACGUGAAGGGAGCCUGCUGCAAGGAGUGCCUGCCUGUCUGCCUGUUCGGUGGAAGAGAGUUGGUGGAGGGAGAUCAGAAGGCUGUGCGCGACUCUUCUGGCAGGUGCCUGCUGUUUGAAUGCCGGGAGCGAAGCAUGCAUCGGGUCGUCCCCACCGAUCCCUGUCCUGAACUCAGCUGCCCGGAGUCGGAGCAAAUCACGUUGAGCAGCAGAUGCUGUAAAGUCUGCAGAGGUCAUGACUUCUGCUCAGAGGGCCACGGCUGCACGGAGCACUCCGACUGCGUGAACCUGGAGGCAGGAGACUGCUGCGUCUGUAAGGACGGCUUCCGCCCACUGCGCGAUGAUAACGCCUACUGCGAAGAUAUUGAUGAAUGUGCUGAAGGGAAACAUUACUGCAGAGAGAACACCAUGUGCGUUAACACGCCUGGUUCCUUCAUGUGCAUCUGCCACACGGGCUACAUCAGGAUCGAUGACUACUCCUGCACAGAGCAUGACGAAUGUCUCAGCGGACUCCACAACUGCGACGAGAACGCCCUGUGCUUCAACAUGGUGGGAGGCCACAGCUGCUCCUGCAAGCCGGGAUACACGGGGAACGGCACCGUCUGCAAAGCAAUGUGUGACGGACUGUGCCAGAACGGAGGAUCCUGCAUUUCGCCUAACAACUGCGUUUGCCAGCAAGGAUUUACGGGGGAGAGGUGUGAAACAGGUAGGAUUUCAUUUCGGCUUAGCUCCUGUGUUUCAUUUCUUCUCCCUUAAAGAGAGGACAAAGAUUUAUGAAUACCCAGGAAAAAAAAAAAAAAAAACCCACAGUGGAAACUGGGUUUCAGGUGAUUAAGGCUGAGCCUGUAUUUGUCUUGGCGUAUCUGGGAUCUUGUUUAGAAUGACGUAUCACUUUUUGCGCAUGGAGCCGUCUGCUGUCAGAGCUCAGACGUAAACAGAUGAUCUGUAAAUGCUGAGUAGCUGCUGGAGUUGUGACUCAAACGCAGAUAUUGUCCGCUUGAGUCGUCAUUUGUGGCUGUGAGCGCUGACGACUUUGUGCAUCUCUGUGCUCUCUGGCGAGUAAUGGGUCUGCGCCUCGUCCAAAGGCCUCGUAGGGGAUUUGUACGGCUUUGGAGCAGAAUGGGAAUUGUAUCAUGUCGCAGCCUCCAUUAAGCAGCGUGGCAUUCUCCCUGUAGCCUAAAUACCAUGUUUUCAUUGCAACAAAUCUUACUCCAUGAAC